ACAGGAACUUAGUGAGAUCAGACUGAGGCUCAUUGUGUUUACAGGAAGAGGUACUUUGUGUCUUCUUGCUUAGUGGACUCAGUCAUGCAUUCACUUGGCUCUUUGGUUUCUUCUUGCUUAAAUAAAGUAAAGAAAUGUCAGUAAAGAGGAGACAAGCAAAUAUACGAUGCCAGGUUUUUUUGGACUUAACUUCAAAGAACCACAGCCUGCUUCAGGACAUUUGGCAUUCCUCCCUGUUGAGACGUAGAAGCCUGCCUCAGGUACUAUCACCAAGCAAGUCAGUCCUGAAUAUGGCUGUGGCCCAAUGCAACUAUGAACCUUUAGGAGAUUCAGCUAUCCGGCUUGUCAAAUGCAAUAAAUACCACGUAUUGCAAGAGGAAGAUUUUGCCUGGUGGAAAGUGAGAGAUUUGGAAGGGAAUGAAGGUUUUGUACCGAGCACUUGCUUGAGAAAGUUAUCCCUGAAUGAUGAUGAGCCAAGGGAAAACUCAAGUGUUAAUGAGCACACAUCAUCAGAAGAGCAGAGUAUUGCACAGCACGAUUGGUAUGCUGGUGGUAUCUCCCGUGCCCAGUCUGAGCAGCUGCUCCGUCAAAAGGGAAAAGAAGGUGCUUUUAUGGUGCGGAAAUCUUCUAGCCAGGCAGGAACAUUUACUGUGUCUGUAUUCAGCAAAUUUCAUGAAAGUAAAAAAGGAACAGUCAAACAUUACCAUGUGCACAAAACCCCUCAGAACAAGUAUUACCUUGCUGAAAAUUACUGUUUUGAAUCAAUUCCCAAACUUAUACACUAUCACCAGCACAACUCAGCAGGUAUAGUGACAAGGCUCCGGCAUGCAGUAUCUAUGCAAGUAAAUAAAGUCCCAGACACCGCUUCACUGGGAAACGGAAUAUGGGAGCUGAAGCGAGAAGAAAUUGUCCUGUUGAGAGAGCUAGGAAGUGGUCAGUUUGGAGAGGUGCAUCUGGGAAAGUGGAAGGGACGAUAUGAUGUGGCUGUAAAGAUGGUUAAAGAGGGAACAAUGUCAGAAGAUGAAUUCACAGAAGAAGCUCAGACCAUGAUGAAACUUAAUCAUCCCAAACUUGUUAGACUGUACGGUGUAUGCUCAAAACUGUAUCCCAUCUAUAUAGUGAUGGAAUAUAUGUCAAACGGCAGUUUGCUUAGCUACUUACAGAGUCAUGGGAAGGAGCUGCAACCCCUUCAGCUUCUGGAAAUAUGUUAUGACGUUUGUGAUGCUAUGGCAUUUCUGGAGAGCUGCCAGUUCAUACACAGAGACUUGGCUGCUAGAAACUGUUUGGUUGACAGCAAUCUUACUGUGAAAGUAUCUGACUUUGGAAUGACAAGGUAUGUUCUGGAUGAUCUGUAUGUAAGCUCACUAGGAACCAAGUUUCCAGUGAAGUGGUCAGCACCAGAAGUUUUUCAUUACACCAAAUUUAGCAGCAAGUCAGAUGUAUGGGCCUUCGGUAUCUUAAUGUGGGAGGUGUUCACUUUGGGAAAGCAGCCCUACGAGCUCUAUGAUAACAUGCAAGUGAUUGAGAAAGUUUCUCAGGGAUACAGACUUUAUAGACCACAACUGGUUUCAGACAUCACCUACCAGAUAAUGUACAACUGCUGGCAUGAGCUACCAGAAAAGCGUCCUGCCUUUUUUCAGCUUCUGUCGUUUUUCGAGGCACUGAGAGAAGACAGCAGGGCUUGAAAAAGAAGAUUCAUAGACUGAUGACUGUGCAUACUGGUUCCAUAUCACCUGUCUUCUGUGAGAGAAUUAAAUAUGAACUCUUCCUGACAUUAACCACCUCUAUUAUUCUGUAUAUUAGUCUUUUUCUGACUUAAUCAGGGACCUGACCAAGAAGUGCAUGGAGAAAGCUUUUAUGAUAUGCUGCAGGUGAUAGAAUCUGGAAGGAUGCUGUGGAAGAAUAUAAUUCAUUCUGUUAGCAUUGUCUCAAAGGACUUCACAGACACUGAGGCAUACAGCAACUGUGUAUACACCUUCCUUGCUUCCAAGCUGUCAUUGUUUGGCCUUAACUGGAAAUGUAAAUAGGGAAAUUCAUGCUUAUUAGGUUUUCUGAUUAUCAUAACUCAUCUGAAUGUAUUUUUUUCUUUGUAAUGUCUUGAAGCUGACGCCUGAGGUCAAAUUUAGAACUGCUGCAAGUAACAGUAACAUAAGAAGUUAUAGCCUCACUUUCAAUUACUUAGAAAUUUCUAUUGGUAAAAUAUUAUAUGUUUGUUUACUAGUAGUAUUGAUCUUAAUUUUGGCCCUCAGGGUAUGUGUUUGAUUUGGAAUUUAUUCUAAACUACGUAUCUAAGAUAUUUGCAGCUUAGCUACAUACGAGGAGUUUUUUGGAGUGUUAUUGCUUCCUGCUGCACUUAGAAAAUGGAAAAAAAAAUAUUUUUUUUGCAGAAUUUUGUAGUCAUUACAAUAGUAGGUGGUAAGUUACGCUGAUCUCUAUAAAACCUGAAGAGCCAAAAUUUUAGAAGAACUGAAAAUGUUAUUAAUAUAAUUGCUUAGCCAGAUAUUUUACUAGUGAUGAGAUGAAAUUUGGUUCCUAAUGUUAACACUGAGUUCUUAAAUAAGAACACCCAACUUUCAAAUGCUCAUAACACUAUGCUAAUUAACACUAACUUCAUUUUGUCUAGAGAUACCAAAUACAUCUGAAGUUACUUAACCAUAACAGAGUAGUCUAAACUUAGACACUGACAUUUGUAAAAUGCUGAUCUAAUGUAUAUAAAAAGAAGGGGUUAUAAAAUAAAGCAAUUUCUGGAAAAAAAAAUAAAAUAAAAAGUCAUCUCCUCU